AUGGAGGCCAUUCAUCAUCUUCUCCCUCAGGGAUUACCUGUGUCUCUUCAAGUGAUUAUUGCUACCCUGGUACUUGGCUUCAUCUACUCGCUAGUCACCGCAGACCGACCUUUUGCUGGAUUUCCAGUCAUAACAGUUGAUGGACAGAGUCCAACGAAAAGUUGGUUAUGGCACGGCAGGAAAGCCGUGGCCGAAGGCAUAAAACGGUUUUCCGGGCCAUUCCAAGUCAUGACAGGAACGGGUCCGAAAAUUGUCUUGCCCAAUAGAUUCGCUGACGAACUUCGUAACCAUCCCUCGUUGAACUUUAACAAGGCCUUUGCUAAAGAUUUUAUGGUGAAUUAUCCGGGAUUUGAGGCUCACCGACUAGGCCUACGUGACGAGUCUCUGAUUCAGGAUACGGUACGAGUGAAGUUAACUCAAUCACUCAACUUGAUUACGGAUGACUUGGUCGACGAAACAGCGGCAUCACUCCAUGAUGUCUUCGGUGACAACAAGGAAUGGACCACCAGGCUCAUUAGAGACGAUAUGCUCGAAGUUGUCGCUCGACUUUCAUCAAGGGUAUUCUUAGGAAGAGAAUUAUGUCGGAAUCGGAGAUGGCUUGAUAUCUCGAAAUCAUAUACUGUGGAUUCAUUUCUUGUCUCGCGUCUAAUGAGGGCUGUUCCUUCGUUUCUACGCCCCAUCACUUAUAUAUUGAUCCCGCAAUCAAGAUCCCUCCGCCACGCCGUUAGAGAUGCACGAAAGCUCAUCAAUCCCGAGGUACAACGUCGUAAAGCUGUUGUUGAUGCAGCGCACGCGGCGGGUGAGAAGCCCCCGAAGGUCGCAGAUACAAUCGGAUGGAUGUACGAGGUUGCUAAAGGACGAGAUGCCGACUACGUCGCAGGCCAGCUUUCGCUGACAAUGGCUGCUAUUCACACGACUACGGAGACGACUUGUUCGGCACUACUUGACAUCUGCGAACAUCCCGAUGUGGCUCAACAGCUUCGACAAGAGAUCAUCGAGGUCAUUGGCGAGCACGGAUGGGCAAAAACUUCUUUAUACAAGCUUAAGCUUAUGGAUAGCUUUCUCAAGGAGGGCCAGCGAUUCACGCCCAUGGGCGCAACUACUAUGCACCGAUACGUAGAGAAAGACUUGGAACUCUCCGACGGAACCAUAUUACCGAAGGGUGCACGUAUCGUAGUAGCGGGUAACUUCAUGGAUCCAACUAUUUACCCCGAGCCCGAGAAGUUUGAUGCCGCCCGGUUCUUAAAGAUGAGGCAACAACCCGGCCAAGAGAACAGUUGGCAAUUUGUGACUACUAGUCCGGCUCACACUCUUUUUGGCCACGGGCAGCAUGCGUGUCCCGGUCGGUUUUUUGCAUCAAAUGAAGUAAAGAUUGCGCUAUGCCAUAUGUUACUUAAAUACGAUUGGCGGUUCGUUCCAGAGGAGGGUCGACCAGCCCCGCGAAUCUUCGAAGGUGUCAAUGGCGUUGACCAAAAGUCGAGGAUCCAAGUGCGACGGAGGAAAGCAGAGAUUGACCUUGAUAAUUAUUGA